UUAUUCCGUGUUUGCACAUGCGCAGUGAGGUACCCGAACUUGCCAAUAACAGCGACCCCACACACUGAAGAAAGGAUGCUCCAGGUCGAGAUGUCUGUGCUGAAAUCUGACAGCGUUAACCUGGACUAGAGUCGAAAUGGGGAAGGGCUGUAAAGUUGUUGUCUGCGGCCAGGCUUCUGUUGGAAAGACUGCUAUCCUGGAGCAGUUACUGUACGGAAACCACACUGUCGGGUCUGAAACCAGUGGAACCCAGGAGGAUGUGUACGUGGCCUCGGUGGAGACGGACCGCGGGGUGAAGGAACAGCUAAGGCUGUACGACACCCGGGGCCUGCAGGACGAACUGGACCUCCCCAAGCACUACUACCUGGUGGCGGACGGCUUCGUGCUCGUCUACAGCGUGGACAGCCUGGAGUCCUUCAAGAAGGUCGACAUACUGAAGAAGGAAAUCGACAAGUCCAGAGAUAAGAAAGAGGUGGCGGUCAUCGUCCUGGGCAACAAGACGGACCUGCGGGAGCAGCGGCAGGUGGACCCCGAGGCGGCGCAGCAGUGGGCGCGCGGCGAGAAGGUGAAGCUGUGGGAGGUGAGCGUGGCGGAGCGCGGCUCCCUCAUCGAGCCCUUCACCACGCUCACCAGCCGCCUCACGCAGCCGCAGAGCAAGUCCGCCUUCCCCCUGCCCGGCCGCAAGAGCAAGGGCACGCCGUCCAACGACCUCUGAACCCCCGGGAACGGCCCCGUCACUCACCCCCCCCACCACCCCCACCCCCACCCCGCCUGGCACUCCACCCCUCUCGCCCGACACUCCAUCCCCCCCCCCCCCCCCCCCCUUGAGCUUGGUCUCGUGAGACGCGGUAGAGUUGGUCCCGACUCGUCCGUUGUGUCGCGAGCCACCCUUUUUAAUUUAACAUGGAAGGCGGUGGUGUCAGGCUUUGAUCAAUGGUGUGGGAUCGGUUAUACCGUUGACCUCGGCGUUAGUUGCACUCCUGCAUUUCUUAGCCUGUUGGGUAGACUUCUGUUGAAAUGGGUAGCAACGUACAGACGGUAGCCUUCCUAACGUUAGAACUACCAUCUAUGGAUAGAUGAUAUUUAUUUUUUAACUAAUUUAUUUUUUAGCACUUUAAUAAACCCACAUUCCUGACGUGUCUAGCAAUGUGAAAAAGCUAAACGGUACUGUGUGAUGUAAAUGCGUUGUGUCCCGAGAACCUGAACAAAAGUUUUUCUACUGGUAGCGAAUGAGCUCGUGUCUUAGCUUAGUAUAAUAACUUUUUUAAGUUGUUUUCAAAUCUUCCUCUGCUGUCCAGCAAUAUUCCUGUGAUCGUUUACAUACUGUAGUGGUUAACAAUGCAUGGAUUAAAAUACUGGCUCUAGA